AUGGAGUCUUACCCGCUGCCACACGCUGGCCAGACUGUCCACAUUGCCGUCUGGUCUGUCCGCAACGCCGCACAACUCCGUCACCGGCUCGUCGCUGCAUCGCAACUUCCAGCUGAUGAGGAGGGAGAGCGGGAGAGGGCGGCGGUGGACUUUGCUUUCGUGGAUGCCAAGAUGCUCACCUCUCGACUUCACCUCCUCACGGCAGUCCAGCAGGCUGUUCUCGCUCGAGCAGACGGUGCAUUGAAGACGAAGACGCUGCAUUCGGAAGUAUUGUGGAUGCUAGAGCCGGGCAACAACAUCUCCGACUCGCUCAAACACUUUGGCCUGUCGCCUUCCACGUCUCACCUCGCUCUCGUACACAUCGCGCCGCUGCUAUCAGAAGAAGACGAAGCGAGACAGGCGAACGGAGAGGUCCUGCGAAGAAUGGAGGCGAUAGUUGAGGGCGAGUUGCGGAGCCUGGACGAGCUGGGUCGAUUACCUGACGGCGGGACGGACGAGAAGGCGUUGAGGAAGGUUUACAAGCUCACCCAGGACUUGGCCGUCAGGAACUUAAAACCAGGGUCACAAGAGGCGUCGCAGGUGCUGGAUAGACUGGUCACAAGUACGGUAGCGCUGAAGGUGGCGAUGUAA